UUGAGACCGCCCUCUUUCAAUUUUGGUAAAGUUUAUCUCUGAUGUGUAAAUCGAUAAACAGUAAACAGCUUCGACAGGAAAGAACGCGUUUCUGUUUAGUUUGGUGACGAAUGGAGGAUAGUGUUUGAGUUCCAGCCUAAUAAAUUCAAUAAUAAUUGAUUGAAAAUGUCUGCGGUGGAGAGUUUGAGGAGGUUAGUGAAGGAGCGACUGGCUGCUGCUGUGGAGGAGGUUUUAGGAGCGUGUGUGCAGACUAUGGUGGCCUACGAGGAGGAAAUCACCCGCCAGCGCACACUGCUGGAUAUCUUCCUGCAGCCCGAGUUAAAGGUACACAGGACAGAGCUCCCACAGCAACAUGUCUGUAAGGAAGAAAAGGGAUUUCUUCUUAACCAGAAGCUCUGUAAGCAGGAGAGGAACUCCAGUCUGAACCCAGAGCCUCUGCAGAUUAAAGAAGAAAAGGAGCAUCUCUUCACCAUUAAGGAGGGAGCGCAGCUUGUACUGAAGCUGGAGACUGAUACCUUUAUGUUGAGACACAGUUGUGAUCAAACUGAACUCAAUAACCAAUCUGUGCUUUUACAUCCUGAACACACUCAACAGAAUACAGCAGAGGAUGAUCCUCUUGACAAAAUCCGUAUAGAAUGGGUGAGAUCUGAAUGUGACAGGACAAACUCUGGAGUAUCAGGACUGAACAGUAACCAGCGGCUCCUCUCUGACACUUCUCGUGUAGCAGAUAACCAGAACCACAGGAGAGAAAAACAUGGAGACGCAGCACCAAUGACAAAAACUGCGCCUAAACCAAAGAAGAAACAUGGUGCAGAGAAAACACCGCCAACAACAAAUUCUGAGCAAAAGCCAAAGAAGAAGAACUCCGGGAACCCAUCAACAACAAAUUCUGAGCCAAAACCAAAGAAGAAGAAUUCUGGGAACCCAUCAAUUCCAAAUACUGAGCUUAAACCAAAGAAGAAACAUGAUGCAGAGAAAACAUCACCAACAACUAUUUCUGAGCCAAAGCCAAAGAAGAACUCUGGCAACCCAUCAACAACAAAUCCUGAGCCAAAACCAAAUAAUAACCCAAGGACUGCAACAUCAGUUAUAAUCAGUGAGACAAUACCAAAGAAGAAAAAUAUGGAUGUUGAUCCAAGAUCAGCUGAUGAGCCAAACCCUAAAAACAAACCUUACAAGUGUGAUGACUGCAGCAAACCUUUUUCUUACUUGAAAAACUUGAAAGUUCACAUGAGAAUUCACACAGGUGAAAAGCCUUUUAAAUGCAGCUACUGUGGAAGAAUGUUCAUCCAGAAGUCGACCUUGAAACGGCACACGAAAACUCACACCGGAGAAAAGCCUUUUAAAUGUGGCUCAUGUGGGAAACUGUUCGCCCAGGGGAGUGCGGUAACUAAACACAUGAGAACUCACACGGGUGAGAAGCCGUACGCUUGUGAAAUCUGCGGGAAAAAAUUCAGCUGUGGCGCCAAUGUGAAGAAGCACAUGAGGAUUCACACAGGUGAGAAGCCUUACACUUGCAGCCACUGCGGGAAGGAGUUUACAGACUCCUCGUCGUUGAAGAACCACAUCCGCAUGCAUACAGGCGAAAAGCCUUACAAAUGCCCUCAAUGUAGCAAAGGAUUCACACUGAGCACGACUUUGAAGAAGCACAUUAGAACCCACACAGGUGAAAAACCGUAUAAGUGUGACACUUGUGGAAACUGUUUUGCCCAAAGUACAGACUUAAAAAUACACAUUAGGAUCCAUACGGGGGAGAGACCGUACAAAUGCAGCGUCUGUGGAAAAGGGUUCAUAACCAUCACUAAACUGAGGAAUCACAUGAGAGUUUACACACAUGCACACUGAGCAAAUCUUUAAAAAAAUGUAUCUGUGCUUGACAAGAAAAAGUAAUCAAAUUGUUCUAAACGAGUGCUCUUUUUAGAGCUUGUUAAAAGUUUUCUCCUCAUGGCAUUGACAAUGAACUUUGGCCUUAGAGAUGGUCUUGGAAGUUUUUGCCUUGACUGUCAAGAAUGCAUUGCUCUUGAAAUGGCUGUCUGACCCACACAAGAUGGGUGUGAUAUAGACACAUAAACAAUGACUGGAAAGAGAUGGAAUUACAACCCUUGUGGAGAUGGAUGUACAGAUUCAGAGACAGACCUGUUGUUAGACCCAAAGUCAGCUAUUCUCUGGGGUAUUACUGGAUUUUAAAACACUCCAUGAUCAACAGGUUGCAACAAAGGCAGCAGUUGCUAUUACAGAAAAACCUCCCAGCAGCAUUGAAUCACUCAUGGUCCCAUUCUGCCAUCACAUGGUCCUUUUAUGUAUUUGCACCAUUGAAUUUUGUAUUUCUCAGUAGAUAUUGUGUGUGAUUGUUGUGCAGUAUUUUCAUUGGUAUCGACUGUGAAUUAAGUCCUAAUAGCGGCUGAAUUUCUUUGGUUUUGGAGUGUUUGUUUUACAAUUGUAUUAUUAUGCUUUCAUGCAGCUGAUGUAUUUAUCUAUACCACACUGAAAUUGUGAUAAACUUGUUAAGAAUUUCCCUCUUUAAAAUUAACUCAUGCACUUAUCUGCCUCUUUGUUAUAAACAUUCCAGCAACAUUGAAUUCAAUUAUAACCCCAUUCUGCUAUCUAUUGUGUAUUUAUGUUUGUUUGUCUUGUUUAUGCACAUCUUUUCUACAUAUUAUUGAUUAUUACUUUUGUUUUUUCCUACAUAUUAGAUCAUCCAAGUUAAAAAGUCAGGCCUCUGAUAUUGUUUUGAAUUUGCAACAUUAACAUUCACUGCUAAAUAAAAUUAUUUUGAUUAACCGUA